AUGAUAGUGUACUCAGGUUUUGAAGACUGGAAACUCGAAGAUGAGAUAAGUCAGCAAGAAAACCAAGACAAGCUUUUGAACCAAGUUGCAUUUAUUAAUCGUAAGUCACUGUCUGAGAAGAUAGACCAAGAAUGUAAUGCACUGGGGAAAGGAGUUCAUCUGAACAGAAGAUCUAAUGAACACAUCAGAGCCUUCAUACAUAAAUCACACCCCUUUGCACAACCGAAAAUUCUAACAAGCAAAAAAUCAUAUAAAUGUGUUCAGUGUGGGAAAGCCUUCAGUGGAAAGUCAGGACUUACUGUACAUCAGAGAAUUCAUACUGGGGAAAAACCAUACAAAUGUAAUGAAUGUGAAAAAGCCUUUAUUCAGAAGUCACGACUCACUAUACAUCAGAGAACUCAUACAGGAGAGAAACCCUAUGACUGUAGUGAAUGUGGGAAAGCGUUCACCCAGAAGUCAAACCUCAUUAAUCAUCGGAGGAUUCACAGAGAGGAGAAACCCUAUGAAUGCAAUGAAUGUGGGAAGGCUUUCAAGAGAAAGUCAUCACUUAGUGUUCAUCAAAGAACUCAUACUGGGGAGAAACCAUAUAAAUGUGAUGAAUGUGGAAAAGCCUUCAUCUGGCAAUCACAGCGCACUGUACAUCAGAGAAUUCAUACUGGGGAGAAACCCCAUAGAUGUAUUGAGUGUGGAAAAGCCUUCAACAGGAAGUCAGAACUUCGUGUACAUCACAGAAUUCAUACCGGAGAGAAACCAUUUGAAUGUAAUGACUGUAAAAAAGCCUUCAUCCACAAGUCAGAUCUCAUUGUACAUCAGAGAACUCACACUGGGGACAAAAGACAUCAGUGCAAUGAAUGUGGGAAAGCCUUCAUUCGGAGUUCAGAGUUCAUUCAACAUAAGAGAAUUCAUACUGGGGAGAAACCCUAUGAAUGCAGUGAAUGCAGAAAAGCUUUUAUCCAGAAAUCACAACUCAUUGUGCAUCAGAGAAUCCAUACUGGGACAAAACCAUAUGAAUGCACUGAAUGUGGAAAAGCCUUUAGCAAUAAGUCACACCUUACUGCACAUCAUAGAGUACAUACUGGAGAAAAACCCUAUCAGUGCACUGACUGUAGAAAAACUUUCAGCAGGAAAUCUUCUCUCAUUGUUCAUCACAGAACUCAUAUUGAACAGAAAUAUUCUUAA